UUUCAAUUGCGCUGAAUCACAUUGGAGACAGACGGAAAUAGUAAACUGAGGCGAAACUUAUGAGAAUAUAACUUAUUUAAAGGAAUUAAAUAAACUUUUUAAUAACGAAAUGCAAAAUAGACAUGUUUUAAUUAUAGACUGCUCACUGAGUGGCCCAUUCGGGCUGUAAUACUCUGAAAGAGUGUUCCAGAACAUUGCCAGCGUUUACCGUUGUGUUACUAUUUUUAGAUUUAAGUUAAUCGAAGGGCAGGUAACUCCCAGAACACGUGAUUUGUAAACAAAGACUUUGUUUGGACUUUCUAUUCUAACCACAAAACAUGUUGAAACAAUAUUUUACUGACGGACUUGUACAGAUAGCUAUAUUGUUGAGUAUUCUUAGGACAGAUUUAAACAGUCUGAACAGGGAGUAUGUGAAUUAUCCAGAAGUGCAAGAAAUUAUUCUUGGACAGACUGCUGCUUAUACCCAUACUAAUUUCCACAUUGACACUAUCAACAAUAGACUUGGUUCACCUGAAAUUUACAGGAAAAAUAUUGACACUGAACAUUUAUUUAGUUCAUCUAUAUACAGAGAAAUACGUUCAUUCCGUCCAAGAAGAAAUGAGGAUCUCAAUGUACCAACAUUCUUGCUGGUGUCUGGAACACCAGGUCCUGUAAUUCAUUCGCAAGAUACGUCUGAUCAAAAUGAGAAUGAGGAUGAAAACAAUAACAACAUCCAAUCAGAGCUGACUUUGUCAUCUGAAGAUCUUGAACUAGAAGCGGAAAACUUGUUAAACACUUUGGAAGAAACAAUAGGUGCCAUAUCGCCAAACUUCAAUCUUCAAAAUAUACAAGGCACAGAUCCUACUAGUGAGGAUCUGGAUCUAAUUGAGGUGUUAUGGAGGCAGGACAUCGACCUUGGUGUAGGGAAGGAAGUGUUUGAUCCUAACCUGAGACGUGAAUUAGAACGAGAACGAGAAAUAGAGCUGCAGAAAGAGAGACAAAAGCAAAAAGAGCAAGAGCUGAUACAGAAGAAGUUAGAUGAGCAGAGAAAUAUUGCUCAACAGAGAUGGCUGGCCGACAACUUUACACAAGAUGGAGAAACUGGAGAGUGGGUUCCAAUGGGUGGUUCUCAAGUACCCCCUCCAGCACCAGAAAUUUCCAAUGUUGGAAAUGGUCCGGAGCAGUUCAUGUCAAGUUUUGACAGCAUACCUAUGAUGGGAGAUGGUAUGCCCCAGGAGAACAACAAUUACUCUGUAGCCCCACCCCCACCCCAGUAUCAGGGACCCCAGUCCAUCCAUCAACACCCACCACAGCCGGUAUAUAAUGCCAACAUGGGACAAUACAAUCAGCAACUCAACAACAGUAACAUGACAUAUGGGCCACAUCCUCAACAACAACAACCUGUUCAAUGUAACAUGGGCCAGGCAUUCCAUCAAUCACAACAACAACAGUAUAACAACACAGGCAACUUCACCAACCAUCAACAACAUAACUACACUCACAUUCAGAAUAUGUCCCAAACUCAACAACAGCAAGGCCAGAAUUAUCCCCGUCAGAGUAGCCUGGAAGCCACCUGGCAGGAUCUAGUGAACAUCCUCGACCUGCCGCCAAAUAACCAGUCUCGCCUGGCUAACGCAAACCAAAGACUAAUGAAUGGAACCGUGCCAAAUUCAGGAAUGCCGGCAAUGCAAAAUACAAGUUCCAUGUUGAUCCAAAAUGCCACCAUGCCAACUCCUGCACCAAUGAAUGGCAAUGUAACUUUUAAUAAUUCUGGUAUGGUAUCUCAAUGUCAUAGAUCACCACCUCAUAGUUCAGGCAUGAUGUCACCGUGUGGGGAGAACUUUAACUCCAGCAUGCCAUCAGGUAGUGGCAUGGGUUCAUUAGACUGGGAGAGCUGCGGGGACUUGAUUUUCCCCAACAUCACAUCAGACUUGAACGAGCCCGAGGAUCCAAUUGAUGAUGUGGAUGAACUCUUGCCCGACCUAAUUACUGAAGAUGAACUUGAAGACAUUAAUUUCUCAGAGAUGGGCCUCACUGAUGCAGUGACUCCGACUCCUACAGGAGGCUAUGGUGGUGAUGAUGCCAGCAGUGACUCCGCUGUGUCCAUGGGUAGCCAGAGUGACACGUCACCUGAUAUGAAUGAUUUCAGUGACAGUGCUCUUUCUCCUUAUGAUGGUCUAGAGGGAGCCACUGGUGGCCAUGAGGCUUCACAAUUUCCAAAAACGUCAAAGUAUGACCCUGAUGAUUUCAAAUAUGGUAACUCAUGCAGUUACAGUAGUGGUGGCGAAAGUAACGGUUCCAACUUCAGUUCAUCAUCCAACGAUACUGGUGGCAGCGGCCACUUUAGCCAGAGUAAUGGUGGGGGUUGUUUCAGUCCCGGAGGUCAGGGUCAUAUAAACCACAAUCAUACAUACCCGCUCAAACCUGGGGCAGAACCUAAAGACUAUUCUAAAAAGAAUGGGUAUAACAAUAAUAAAGAGGGUAGGCAUAAAGGGCCACAAUCUAAAGACCAUAAGAGAAUUAUGGAACUGAAAGUCCCAUUUUCUGUUGAUCAAAUUGUCAAUUCACCAGUCGAGGAAUUCAACGAAAUGUUAACACGUCACAAGUUUAAUGACCAACAGUUACAACUUAUCAGAGACAUACGUAGAAGGGGUAAAAAUAAAGUGGCUGCGCAAAAUUGCCGUAAAAGGAAGAUAGGGGUUAUAGAGCAUUUAGAGGACGAAAUGACCUCAAUGGAAAAAUUUAGAGACAAGUUGUUACAUGAGCGUCAUAUGAUGGAUAAGCAAACGAGAGAAAUGAAAGAAAAGUUGGGACUUUUGUAUUCAGAAAUAUUUCACUCGUUACGGGAUGACCACGGGCAGCCUUAUGAUCCUGCGCGUUUUUCACUACAACAGUCCAACGAUGGUGAUGUUUUUCUAGUGCCCCGAAAUUACACAACAGAAGAUGAACAUAGUAAGAAACGAAAAGAAGAACGGAAGUGAAUGAAUACUGAAAGCAUUUAAGUGAUAAAAAAAUCAAGACAAUUGUGAUUAAUAUUGAGCAAUUGAAGUGCUUAAAUUAUUCCUGUAGUUAUGCAGCAUUGGGUUAAAUAGAGACAAAUUACACGUGUACAUAUUUAUUGGUGAUAUAUUUGUACAAGGUAUAUGUCAGGUUUGUUGAUAACUCUUUCGAUAGGAAUAUUUCUAAAAAAGAAUGGGUUUCUUUCAGGGUGCUAGACAACGAUAUGCUAAGAUUUCCAUUAUUUUGUUUGUUUAGAGGACAAGUUAGUUGUAACAACUUGUUAAUAUUAAGUGCUAAGAACUGUGAAUCAGUCUAAAAACAUUUUUUGCAUUUCAUUGUAGAUGUUUUAGUUUAUUAUUAACAUAUCAUUUAAAGCCUUUCUCAAUUUUGCGUGUUUUUUUCUUUCUGAUUGCUAGAAAUGAUGCUUUGUUUUUUACAUUCACUAUCGCCAUGGAUACAUUAUUAACUUUCAUUUCAUUUCGUAUCAUGUUUUCUAUGCUGCUCUUGAAAUCAUAAAACAUAUUGUGCAUAUUUCUUCCUGUACUACUGUAACUUGUUACAGGCAUUGAAAUUUCAGAAAUUUCCAUAUAUGGUCAUCUAAUAUUCCUGCGCAUGUCAUGAAAUUUCCUUAACAUUUGUUACAGCAAUGAGUUUUAAUUUCCAGAUAUUGAACAUCUACUUCUGUAAGGAAAGAUAUUGCAUUUGUUUUUUGUCAUCCUAUUUAUUUGCUUUUGAACACAAAGAGUUCAGUUUUGUCAUUUCUCUUUCCUUACAAAUUUUCAGGGAUAAAUAUGCUGCAAAAACAUUUACUUUCAAUUGUCAAAACAUUCCAUUAGUUAAAUCAUCAUCUGAUGCAUAUACAGCACUUAUGACACAUGCAAGGGAUUUUCAUAAGAUUUUACAAAUGGAAAACCAGGCUUUCAAUGGUUUCUUUCUUAAUGUUUGUAGUUAUUUAUCGAAAUAAAUAACUUACUUUUUGUCAAAAAGAAAAAAAAAGAAAAUUCUUCUGCAUUUCAAAUAUAAGUUAGUAAAACAUUCCAUAUCCAUUGUUAACACUCAUUUAUUCAGCUUUUCAGUACAAAACUUUCUGUACGGAUCUAAAUAAUAUCUUUAUCUAAUUUAUAUACAAAAUUAUAUGCAAAAAAAACUUGUACUGUAAAUAUAACUAUUUCAUAAAAAAGUAAAUUUGGGAAAAUUUCCUUGCAUAUAAUAUCUACAAAUGUUGUUUUUAUGUUUGUAGUGUAUAUGGAAAGUAUGUUGUGUGAGUUCUCGUAUUUUUCCUUUUCUAUUGCAGUCUUGUGACACACUAUAGCAUGUAUGUAGAUAAAUGAGAAAUCAAGAUUUUUAAUGCGGAAUUUUUAAUCAAUACUGGAUAUCUCUAUUUCUCCUCUAUAUGCAGUUUCAAAGAAAACAAAGUAAUACUGACAUGUAAAUUAAUCAUGAAAGGCUGUUGUGUAGAUACUGUUAAUUGUUGUAUAUUGAAAAUUGUUGAUUUUUGUGUUUAAACAUUGUUUGGCAGAAAUUCAAACCUGGUUAACAUGAAAUAUUGAUGGCCUUUGUUGAUUUCAAUAAUUGUUUGAGUUUAUGGAAAUACACUUGGGAAAAUAUGCUCCGUUUAAUUUAGAUAUGAUAUACAAUUCAUUGACUUUUUCAUAUAAAUAAUGAUACAAUAUACACCUAAUUAGGAGAAAACAAAGAAAGUAAGUUUAGGCCCGGCAUGCAAGUUAUAGAAUAUCAGUUGUGUGAAGCUUCUAUUAUCCAGCAAUCUAUAUAAUAAAAGAUAUAAUUUUGUAUUUAAAGAAACAGCUCUGGCAGUAACGUGUUUUCAGAUAUAAAAUAUUGCUGUUUUAGAUACUGAAGACUUUUUAUAUAACCUUAUCUUAGCAAUAGUUCACCCGUUUAAAAUUUAUUUCAAGCGUGUAAGGGGAAAAACAUCACAUUUUGGACAUUGAUACAUCAAUAAAGAAAUUAAUUGCUAAAUUUGAUACAGCAGCCUAUAUUUUUGUAUGCAUAAUAAAUACUGAGAUUACUCUAACAAUGAAAUUUUAUAUCCAAAUUUUCUAAUUUCACAUAAAACAUACAGUGUGUGUCAUAGAUAUAAAACUGUUGUUUUUUUACAAGAAAAAUCUGUUUUGAUAAUGGGAGAUUUAUCUAAAUAAGGGAGAAUUUGGUGACUCAGAAUUGACCCUAUAACACUACAAGAUACAUCAUUUUUAUAUAAACUCAUUUCUAUGCAUAAUGUUGAAAUCCAUGCAGUCUGAUAUUUUCUCCUGUCACGCCAUCUUUAUAUUUACAACCCAUAUCAUAAUACUGCAAAUCAUAAAACUUUAUACGCAUGCAUGGGUUCUCCCUACAUUUUACCUAUUGAUAAAACAUUUGAUAAAAUGUUUAAAUACAACAGUUACUGUAAUUUUGACGUUUUUAUUCCCUGUUAAAGUUCAGUAGUAUUAGAUUCAUCAACAAAAAAAUGUUAAGAAAAUAAAAGUCUUAAUAUUUUAUUGAAUAUAACCCGGUAAAUUUUAAAUCAAAAACUGUUUUAUUUAAGGUUUUAACUGUCAUCUUUCGAUUUCUUCCAUAGACACUUCUAUUUCAAUAUGAAACAUCUGGUGUUUAAUUUGAAAAUUUAUGGAUUUUAUAUAAUUACAGAAAAUACCUUUCGAAAAAGCUACUUUCCAUACAUUAUUACCUAAUAAUUGUAAAUGCUCUCAAAUUUUAGUGCAAAAUUUUGUUUCUCGUAAUAAAAGCUUGUUAUUUUACUCAAAAUACUAGGCUUUGCUGAAACUAUAGUUUCAUUGUAAAUCAUUUUAGUAAAUGAAAAAAAGCAUUAUUUGUAAAUUUGUUCUUUUGUAAAUUUAAAAGAAAUUUAAGAUUUUAUAGGUUGAACAAUAGAGAGAAUAUUAUGUUCUUUGUUUCUUCUAUGUACUAUAUUUUGAUUUAAAUCAAGUACUUCUUACAAUAAUGUUUUAAUUGUAUGUUAAAACAGAGAUUAGUUACUAUUAAAUCUGAAAUGUUUCUUUGCCAAAAGAAGACAAAUUCAGCUGAAGUACUGAAUAUUUCAGUAUACAUGUAUUAUAAUAAAGUCAAAAACAUUGGGUUUUUUUUUCAAGUACUGUUUUAUAAGAGACAACUUUUUGUCAGUUUAAUCAUUGUCAACAUUAGUAUAUAUUUUGAUUUACAUUUCAUGAAUCUCGCUACACGAGACAAAUGAGAGAUGUGUAAUUUAUAAAACAGAAUUGCAAUAGCCUUGGUUUCUAUUUUUUAUGUUUUGCAUGUUUGUUAAAGAGGCGUUCUAUCUCUCCUCCGUUAUUACUGUUACUGUUUUUGUGAAUACUAUAUAUUAUGAUGAAAUAAAAAAAAUAUCAAAUUA